ACUCUUUUACUUGUAUAUAAUAUUUGAAUUUUGUUAAUUAUAUUUAUUGCACAUAUUGGAUACAUUUAUUUUUAGUUCCUCGUGUUACUUAAAUUCGACCGACACCUGACGGGGUUAUAGUGAUCAUUGACAGAUUCGAGAUUUCAGUAAAUGUGAUGUAGAAAGGGUUUUGGAUUAUAAUAUAUUUAGGACUAAAAUUGAGAUGAAAAAGAUGGAUGUUGAAGAGAAAAAUGAGUGUACUGUCGUGGAUGAGAUUCCAGUCAAGAAAAAGAAAAUGAAACAAGCACAAUUGCCAUUCCAAAUUCAAAGUCCAGUGGCAUCUCCAAAGGUACAAAAUAAAAAGAGAAAGCUGACAUCACCUUCUGUAGAUAAUAAAAGUCGAAAGCCAGUGAAAAUCUUAAAAAAGAACUCAAGUAAAGAUGUAAACAAUGAACCUGAUAAAUCGAAUGAAGAUGAAAAAAAGGAAGAUUCUAUAGAAAUAGUAACAGAAAUUGAAAAUAUCAAAGAAAACACAGUAUCUAAUAAGGUAGAAACAGAAAAUAUAAAUGUAACUCCUAAACGGAAUUCAACUAAGCAUAAGCUAAGUAUGGAGCCGAUAGUGAAGUUAAGCCCUUUAACAAAGUUUUUCCAAAAAUCUGAUAAACAAGAAAGUAAUUUGAAGGAGCAGAAACAUUCAUUAGACGAAAGCAAAGAUGAAUCAGUUGAACAAUCUGAAAAUUUGAACAUUGAGGAAAAAGACAUGUCUUCACUUCAGAAUGAUUCUUUGUGUCAAUCUGAUUCUGAUAUAGCUAUUUUAUCUUCCGACGAUGAGGACAAGAAUGAGCAAAAGACAUCGACUGCAAAUGUAGAAAAAAGUAUAACUGAAAGUGCACAGAUUGCUGUAACUCCCAAAACUGAUAAUAAACAACAGAAGAAGUUAACACCGAAACAAAAAGAAAAGUUACUACUACGUGCUAAAAGGAAGGAAGAAAGGCAAAAGCAAAAAAUGGAGAAAGAAAAACGACUGGAGGAGGAACGACAAAAUCGACAGCGAAUGAAAGAAGAGAAAAUUAUGGAGAAAAAAAUAAAAGAGCAAAAGAGACAAAUGGAAAUUGAGCAAAAGCAGAAAGAGAAGCAAGCGAAGGAGGAGGAAAGACGCAAACGAGAUGAAGCUAGAGAAGAGGAAAAGAGAAAAAGAGAAGAGGAAAAGCUGGAAGUGGAACGUAAAAAGCAAAAGGCGGCGUCGAACUUCACGAGUUUCUUCGUCCCCAAGAAACAGGAGAAGUCUGAGAAAUCCGAGGAGGAGAACGCAACCGAAUCGAGAACUUUCAUGCCUUUUGAAGUGAAGGCAGACAUGAAGUUAGCCCCAGUGUGUAGAAGAACCUUAAACGAACAAGAGAAAUCAUCGUUGGAGAAAAAGUGUAAUGAAAAAAAUACUCAAAUAUCAGACUUGUAUCUUUCCGAGAUAAAAAACAAAAAAGUUGUUCCCCGCACCUCGCCGAAAACUUGGCCAUUUGAAGCAAAAGACGACGUUAUUUUGUUAGAUGAAGAGAACGAUGGUAGUGCCAAUAUCGUAAAUCAGAACAUCGUCGUCGAGAAGCAGCGGGUUAAAUUGUUGCAGUUUUCCGAAAACCAGCGACCACCUUAUUGGGGCACAUGGAGAAAACGCAGCCGGUGCGUUAAUCCUCGGAAGCCAUUCUCAAAGGAUACGGAAUGGUUCAACUAUGAAGUGGAUUCGGAUGAAGAGUGGGAGGAAGAAGAGCCAGGAGAAUCUUUACGUGGUUCUGAUGAUGAGAAAGACGAAGAAAAUCCAGAUGAGAAUGAGUACGACGUGGACAAUGAAUUUAUGGUUCCUCACGGGUAUCUGUCGGAUGAAGAGCUUCGAGCUGACGAGGAAGAUAAGGAGGACAUGUCUCCCGAGACACAGAAGUUUAAGUUGAAAGUACUCGGAGAACAGUUCGAGUUGGAGAGAAAUUCGAAAACGUGUAAAUUGAAACCAAAAAUAAUUGGCUGUAUUUGGAGAGGGUCUGACAACAAACUUCCUCUGAAUUUGCCCCAAAGGACGGUGGACCUCAUGUCAGCUCACGAAGCCUGGGUACAUCAGAUACCGGUGACACUGCCCACUGUCUCGGAAAACGAGGCGGCAUCAACAAAUGAACGCAGCACGCCCACGCAUCAAACACCGUCGAGUUCAAAGAAAAAACGAGCUCCGGAAGUCGCUUUGCCGGAUCUGAUCCGGUUAGUGCAUGGUAACACAUACGGGUCACAGUUCCUCGUGAAGGAAUUCCUCACCUACUGGAGCAAACAGGAGAAAGCGAGCGAGUAUCGGAUAUCAAAGAAUGGUUUGAAUCAGCAGAUUCGCGAUAUCGCAAUAUGGUGCUCGUGUCCGGAGAAAGGACCUCUGUAUCAGAAGAAGUGUUGGUACGUUCCUGAAGAUAUUAGAAAAAAAUAUGUGGACGAAGAUCUUCCGAUUCCGAAUCGCUGGUCGUAUAAUUCAGUCCCAAAAAGGAAAAGCGAACUCGUUGAGGCUCCUGAGAAAAUCGAUAAAGAAGAGAAAGACAAGGAGAAAAAACCACCUUUGAUCACUCAGUUUACGAAGAAGAUCAGCCAGGAGGAGAUGAAGAAGCAAUUGAGCAUUAAACCUGCUCCGUCGAAACCUCCGAAAAGAGUGUCGCUGAUUUCCGUACCGAGGGGUGAACCGAUACCUGGAACGAUAAAAGAGGUACUAUUGAAGAAUAUGGAUACACAUGAGAAAGAAAAGAAGGUAGAAAAUCAUUUGGAUAGUGAGACUCCAGAGCGCCACGAGAGCAGUGAAGUUAAUGAUGAGAAGGAGAGUAAUAAAGAAAAUGAAGAUAGACUUGGUAUCGUCGCAGGUAAAGAAGAAACGCACAGUGAAGACCAAAAAAUGUCGCCUAAAAAUACAGAAGAAAACAAAGAUGAUGUAACGAUGAAAUCUGAAUCGAGCUUACCGAAAAUGGAUGAUAAGUCCGAAAAAGACUUAAAUACUACUGUAGAUAAUUCAAUCGUCAUCGAUAUCGACGAUUAGUUUGUACAAAGUUAAUCUUAGGAAUUGUAUAUUCAUUAUCGCGCAUACGAAAAAAAUGAUUAAAAAAAGUUUAAAAAUGUGAUAAAUAAGUAGCGAUAGGGUAAGACCAGAAAGAAGAAAAAUAAUAAUAUUUCAUGAAACGGGAUGUAGUAAGGACUUUAUUUUCAAUAAAUGUAAGGAUUUCAUUUUUAUAUUAAUAUUAUUUAAACGAAUCUAUAUAUUCGUAAGUGUACAAAGCGUUCAGGUAUCCUCUGUUUUUUAUAAAUCUUAAAUGACACUUAAAGUGGUUAUAUCAAAAGUUACUACUACUACUACUACUAUUAUAUGUAUUGUUAUUAGACGUUAGAGGAAUGGAAAAUAAGUAGCGCUUGGAAUCAAUUAUGUAGUAGAUUUUAAUUAACUUUGAUACUCUAUAAAUUUUUUACACACGUUAUUGCUUAUGAAGGUAGUAGUUAGGUAAUUACUGCUCAAAAGAAUUAGAGGAUCGUCAUUGUCAUUGUUUUGUAACUAAACGGAUAAAAUUAAGUUUUUAGACGAUGCGAUCCUCUGAUUAUUUUAAGUGUCGUUGUACAUGGUAUUGGAUGAAACAGUAUAACUUUCAGUAUGAACAUAACAAUGCAUAUUUCUAUUCUCCGUACCUAUGCUUCUCAUAUUAUUGUAGCCGAUAUUUAUUAGUAAGACUUACACUCAUUAACUGUGCUACAUUAUCUAACUAAAAUACUAUCUAAAUAUGUUAGCAAUGUUACAGGCAGAUGUUUGAGAUGUUCAGUUACAACUAAAGUUCUGAUAUUAAAAAGUAUACUAUCGUUGACUUAUUAAAAAAUGAAGACAGACGUGUAAACUCUAUGUUUCGUAUGUUAUUAAUAACUGAAUUUUUAUAAUAAAAAUUAACGAAUAAAUCCGA